AGAAGUACGACGAUGCCGCAGGCCAUAAAACUCACGGAAAAUGUUGCAAUCGGCGGUGAUAACAGAGCUUUUAUUAUCGCGGAAAUUGGACAAAAUCAUCAAGGUGAUAUUAACAUUGCUAAACAAUUAAUUAAAGUAGCUAAAGAAUGUGGUGCGGAUUGCGUGAAAUUCCAGAAAACUUGUAUAGCCGAGAAAUUCAACGAUGCAGCUCUGAAUCGCGAAUAUUCCAAUGUGAAUUCAUGGGGGAGAACGUACGGUGAUCACAAGCGAUUUUUGGAAUUCUCCGAGGAACAAUUCUUCGAGCUGCAAAGUUAUUCCGAUAAAUUGGAACUCGUGUUUAGCGCGUCCGCAAUGGACGUGACUUCUUUGCUUUUCUUGGCAAAGAUGCGGGUACCUUUUAUCAAGAUCGGUUCCGGCGAUGCAAAUAACUUUCCCAUGCUGGAAACGGCCUCAAAAUUGAACCUCCCUUUAAUUAUAUCUACAGGAAUGCAAUCAAUGGAGACUGUUGAUUGUAUUUAUAAUAUCGUGAAGAGUGAGCACAAAGAUUUCGUUUUGAUGCAUUGCAUUUCAUCGUAUCCAACGCCAAUAAACGGUAUUAAUUUGAAUGUUAUUAAUUUAUAUAGAGAAAAAUAUCAGGAUAUUAAUAUUGGGUAUUCAGGACAUGAAUUAGGUAUAGAGUAUUCUUCAAUUGCUGUUGCUAUGGGAGCAAAGGUAAUUGAGCGUCAUUUAACUUUGGACCAUAAUUACAAAGGAUCCGAUCAUGCUUGCUCAUUGGAACCACACGAAUUCAAGCAAAUGGUAACAAAAAUACGUAUGCUUGAAAUUGCUUUAGGAGAGCCUCAAAAGCUACUACGAAAAUCAGAAUUACCUUGCUAUCAGAAGCUGGGUAAAACUUUAGUUGCAGCACGGGAUUUACAUAAGGGAUAUAUUUUAACUAAGGAUGAUGUUAAAGUAAAGGUUGCUGAGCCCAAGGGAUUAGAUGGAUGUGAAUUACUAAAAGUGGUUGGGAAAGUCUUGUUAAAAGACUUUAAAGAGGAUGAAUCAAUUAUGAUUGAUGAUAUACAUUAA